UAUAUUCCAAAAUUUAAAACUAAAUCUGCGAUUUAAUGAAAAUCAUUUAAUAGUAUCUCUCCCGUUUCCUGAAGAUCUAUAUAUACCUAUACUCUAUCAACCUAAAAUCGUAUCAUUCGACACAGAAACUCUAAAAAUGACCGAAAUUACUACCUUUGCGCCUCUCACCAAACUUCGUCCAUUCAAGACCAACUGGAGAGUUCAAGUGAAGUGCUUACAUUCUUGGAGGCAGAACACAAGUUAUGGGGACACAUUUGAGAUGGUUUUAGCCGAUCAAUGGGGAAACAAAGUUCAAGCCACUUGCAAAAGGACACACAUGUAUCGUGUUCAACGUGAGAUCCCAGUGGGAAAAUGGGGAGUGAUUGAAAAUUGUCAAAUGAAUCCAGCUGGUGGCCAGUUUCGAGCAACACGCCAUCCAUACAAGAUGAGUAUAUUAGAUGAUACUGUGGUCAGAGGUUCGAGUUUAAGUGAUGAUCGGAUAUUCCUUUCUCUUGAGGAUUAUGAAAAGAUUGGAUCCAAAACCCAAAAAGAAAUACCCUACCUUAUAGAUGUUAUAGGUAGAAUUCAUGAGCUUGGUAAUGUAGUUACUGUCAAAGCUCAAGGAGAAGACAUAAAAAGGGUGGAAUUUCGAUUAAUGGACUCACAAGGAAAUGAUCUGCUAUGUUGUCUUUGGGGGCCUUAUGCUGAGCAAAUUGAAGCUUUCAUUGACAAAUACAACGAAACCCCUGUUGUUUGUUUGUUAAGGUUUGCGAAAAUUAACUUCUUCAGAGGAGAGGUACAAAUCACAAACGCCUUUAGUGCAAGUGUUCUGCACCUCAAUCCAAAUGAACCUGAAGUGUUGGAGUUAACAGAGAGGCUGUCAAAUGAUCAUUUACAACUUGCUCCUGUUGAGAAUUCGACUGGAAAGAAGGUAGGUAAACGCAUUCAAUAUGACUGGAAUGAUGCUGAGAUCAAACCGAUUUCAGAGGUCCUUGCCUCGAAUCAGGUGGGGAUUUGCAAGAUCAUUUGCUCAAUCGAAUCAAUAGACACUGAUUAUGCUUGGUAUUAUAUUGGGUGUAAUCGCCAUAAAAAACGUGUCAAUAAGCUGCCAAAGAUUGAUUAUGAAGUGUUGACAGUGAAAGACAAACCAAUGUUUCGCUGUGAGAUUUGCAAUGCUAAUGUGACUCAUGUUGCACCCAUGUUCAAACUUCAUAUGGUAGUGAAAGAUGAUUCAGAGACAUGUAAUGUAAUGUUACUAGGCUCUGUUGCAACUUCUAUCAUUGGAAGUAAAGCUGAAGAACUAUGGGAUGGUUCUUAUGCAGAGAUAGAAGAUCCAGAGAUACUACCAGAACCUAUCAUUGCUUUGCUGGGAAAAUCUUUCUGUUUUGGUGUGUCUAUAAAUUCUGAUAAUGUCACAAGUGGAUCGUGCACCUUCUUGGUUUUAGAGGUAUCUGGUAGUGAUAAAUUACUAAGUAUUGAGACUAAUUCGGAGGCAAUUACUGAUGUGGGAACAUCUUCAUCUACUAUGUCAUCUGGUGCUGUGAUGAUGUUGGACUCGAUUUCAACUGAAGACCCUAAAACUCCCUAUUCAAAGCGCAAAGAAGAUGAUGCAGAUCUACAAGAACAAUCAUCUACCUCCAAAAAACUUUGUUCUAAACAGAUCAAGCAGGAAAAGGCAAAGACAGAAUGAUCAGAAGAGUUUACUAGAUGAAAUGAUCUGUUAUGUUGCUUUGAAGAUGUUUUCUUUUUAUUUUUGCAUUUUCGUUACUUUUUAUGUUUUGCAAUGCUGGAUUUUCUUUUCAUUGUUUUUGUUAGAGUGUU